ACUAGCAAAACCGGCUGCACGCCGUUUGUACCUUCACCACCACGACUUGCUCUUACACUUCACAUCGGAUACUCAAAGUCGGGGAUGGGUAAAUCACAAAGCAAGCUUUCGCCAGAGCAGCUAGCAGAGCUACAGAAAACGACAAAGUUCGACAAGAAGGAGCUGCAGCAAUGGUACAAAGGGUUCCUCAAAGACUGCCCCUCUGGCCAACUUGACAAACAAGAUUUUGGCAAGAUCUACAAGCAGUUCUUCCCCUUUGGCGACCCGAGCCAGUUUGCAGACUACGUAUUUAACGUCUUUGACGAGAACAAGAAUGGCACGAUCGACUUUAAGGAGUUCAUUUGUGCGUUGAGCGUGACGAGUCGGGGGGUGCUGGAUGAGAAGCUCAAGUGGGCGUUCCAGUUGUAUGAUAUCGACGGAGACGGGUUCAUAACAUACGACGAGAUGCUCCAGAUCGUUCGCUCAAUAUACAAGAUGACGGGGCAGAUGGUACCACUCCCGCCGGACGAGGACACGCCUGAAAAGAGAGUGGACAAGAUUUUCCGGGGGAUGGAUAGGGAUAGAGAUGCUAGGUUGACGUAUGACGAGUUUGUCGAGGGCAGCAAACGUGAUCCGACAAUUGUCAAGGCAUUAUCACUAUACGACGGCCUGGUCUAACUCUCACUCUUUGCCCUCUCCUGCAUCUGCUUCGUCCUGUUCUGCUUGUUGGGCAACUGUGUUCUCAUGGCUGUCUGAUGCGUGUGGACCGCGCUCGUCAUGUACUUCCACAUUGCCAAUUACUAGACAAAUGCUGUAUCCAUAACCUCGUCCUGCAACUCCAGUCCAGAGCUCACGCAAGCUUCCUCUUGCUACUCCUAACAGGGCGCGCAACAGGCACCUGGCCAUCCCCUUCCUCGCUCUUGGGCAGCUUGCCCCAUCGCUCAAGCACACGCCGCUCCACGUCCGCACACGUCCAGUGAUACAGCCCCUCAGACAAGUCGAGAUUAUCCCUUUCCGCGGCGAACAGCUUUACAAAGUCCUGCGGUGCACCCGUUGACCCCGAGGCAGUGGCAAACGGUGACUGGCCCAUGGCCUGCAUAUCCGCUGCAGAGUUAUCCGAGCCGAGGAUGAGCUUGAAUAGCCCGUUCAGGCCGAACAGGUUGAGGAAGUACCAAGACAGAGAGGAAACCCAGCGGACGUCCAUGUCCGGCGUCUCUAUCCCUCGUUGCAUCAUCGGUUUCCACCCCAGAGUAAGAGGGAACGGGAGCUUGAUGAGGACAAAGCCCUGGAAGAAGAAGUUGAUCCAGCCCAUAAUAACCAUCUGGGGCACCAUCAUCACCAUCUGCUUCUUCAUCCCGUCCAUCAUUCCCUCCAUCUGGCUCGGAUCGCUUAACGGGUUCGCAGGCGUGCGCUCCUUGUCGUCUUCCUUCGGCGGGCCGUCUUUCAGGUACGUACCGGCCGCGAAGGCGGAAGAGAGGGAGGAGGAGAUGGAGUGGUAGUACUGGGGAGGGAUGGGUGAGGCAGCUGAAGUCGCACGCAGGAUUUGGGAGCGGACGAGUGCACGUUGUUCACGAAUCACUUUUCGCGGGUGCGGUUUUGGAGUUGUAUUGAGCAGUUGGGUCACAUAGUGC